AUGGAGGCGUGCAACGCAGUUGAGAAAGAAGUUGAUAAAGUAAUUACAAAAUUUAGUGGUAUACAUGAGCAUUCUGAAAAAACUCUACAUGAUUUAUCUAAUCAUAUAGAAGCUCUUAAAAAAAAAAUGGAUGAAAGUCCUCCUGGUCAUGAACUCACUGUAGCUCAAAUUUUAAUUAUGAAACAAACAGUAAAUCGAGUACGUGAGUCUGUGCAUAGAUUAGCUGCUGAUCAUAGGGAUUUGCACAGCACUGUGUCCAAAGUGGGCAAAGCAAUAGACAGGAAUUUUGUUUCUGACUUUGCAUCAACUAGUAAAGAAGAUGUGUUUAAUGGGCAAGAAAAAAUACAGUUAUUGAAUCAAGUCAUAUGUCAGCAUUUUUACAGACAAGGAAUGUUAGAAAUAGCAGAAGAGCUUUCAAAAGAAGCUGGAAUAAAAACCGAGGAGGGUAGUAAGGAACCAUUUACAGAAUUGAACAAAAUUUUAGAUUGUUUAAGGCAGCACGAUUUGGAGCCAGCAUUGGAAUGGGCAAGAGCGAGAAGGGAAAAUUUGGAAGCACAAAAUUCAAGUUUAGAAUUUAAAUUGCAUAGAUUACAUUUUAUAGGUUUGCUUCAAGGCGGAUUAGCUAAGCAAACCGAAGCUGUUCAGUAUGCUAGAAAACAUUUUCAUCAAUUUGUAAAUAGACAUGAAAAAGAAAUUCAAAAUUUAAUGGGAAUGUUUUUGUAUUUACCUCAAGGUUUGGCCUCAUCACCUUAUCACUACCUCCUCGAUCCCACAUUAUGGGCUGAAAUAUAUGAAAUAUUUACAAAGGAUGCUUGCACUUUAUUAGGUUUAAGCGUUGACAGUCCUCUUUCAGUUUGUAUAAAUGCAGGAUGCACUGCCUUACCAGCUUUAUUAAACAUAAAUCAGGUUAUGUUACAACGUCAAGUUACUGGCAUCUGGAAUGGAAAAGAUGAAUUACCCAUUGAAAUUGAUUUGGGUCAAGAAAAUUUAUAUCAUUCAGUAUUUGCUUGUCCUAUAUUAAGACAGCAGAGUACGGAAACAAAUCCUCCGAUGAGAUUGGUGUGCGGUCACGUGAUAUCAAGAGAUGCACUUAAUAAAUUAACAAGCGGGAACAAAUUAAAAUGUCCAUAUUGUCCGAUGGAACAAAAUCCAGCAGAUGCGAGAUUAGUUUAUUUUUAA